UGUUAUUUUGUGUGGGUUUUUUUAGAUGCCUAAGUUGAAGAGAUUUCGAAUGCGGCGAAAGGCAAUGAUCAACAAAAGUAAGAAAGAUGAUUCUGAUACCACUGUUUGCAAGUGUCCAAAUGUUUUGCCCAUAUUAGUAGGCAAUACAGUUCGAAUGCAGUCCGCAAUUGUGAAUGAGGAUGUGAUAGGUGCAGCAUGCAGUUUAGUUUCAAUUGUAAAACAUAAGAUACAUAAUGUGUGCACCUGGCAGAAACUAAGUCUUGAGGAUAUUAAUGCUGAGGGAACUAAACUGGUUAAAGACAUAGCUAAAUGUAAAGGUUAUGGCAAAACUCUUUUACCUUUUAAAUUAAGUGAGCAAUACUGCAUUUUUAAUAAAAUGUGUAAAGUUUCAGAAGGGCAGUCACUGACUAGAGGACAUGAAGAAUUGUAUGAGACACUUCAAGAGAUUUUUCUAAAUUAUGAAUCUUGUUUAGUACAGAUAAACAGACAAACAUGUGCAAUUAUCAGAUGUAGGGAUGUAUAUGCUGUUGUAGAUUGUAAUAUUCGCGAUGCAUGUGGGUUGGGAUCAAAUAUAGGUACAGCAGUUGUUGUUUUCAACACAAAUUGGCAAGAUUUGUUUUGGCAUGUCAAUAAUUUAAUGGAAAGCUUGAGUGCUAAUACGUUUAGAAUAAGUGGAAUUAAUGUAGAGGUUACUUUACCAGAUAUGUUGCCAUUUGUGAACAAUGAUGUUGUAGUAGAAAGUAGUUCAUCAAAUGUAAGACAGAGUGUUUGCAGCUUAAUUCAUCAAGGUGAUAGCAGGUUCAAAGAGGUGCCUUUACCAGAUAUGUUGUCAUGUGUGAACAGUGAUGUUGUACAAGAAAGAAGUACAUCAAAUGCAAGACAGAGUGUCUGUGGUUCAAUUCAUCAAGGUGAUAGCAAGUUCAAAGGGGUGACUUCCCCAGAUAUGUUGUCUUGUGUGAACAGUGAUGUUGUAGGACGAGAAGGCAGUACAUCAAAUGCAAGACAGAGUGUCUGUGGAUCAUUUCAUCAAGGUGAUAGCAGGUUGAAGUGGCCAGGAAAACAAUGUGUUGCAAUUAGUUUAGCUGCAAUGGCAAUGCAUAGUGUACAUAACGUCUUUUCAUGGGAAACAAAAGAUUUAGAUAAUGUCUUAACUAUUGGGGAUAACUUGUAUGGUUAUUUGCUUGAAAACAACUGUAUUAGUGAUCCGAAACCACAGAAGUGGUUGUGUGUUCCAGAUUUGCCUUGUGAAUAUGUGUUUAAUGAGAAAAGGUUCAAAUUUGAAUAUGGCAAAUGUGUUUCUGGAUUUGUAGAUAUGAAUGAUGGAGAUUUGAUAACAGCUGGUGUGUGUGUGCCUUUAGUCCAUGGUCUGCACACAAUGUUUGAACAAUAUGAAACAUGCUUUUUAACAUUGAAUGGAAAUACCUGUGCCAUUAUUAAGCAAAAUGGACAGUUUGCUGUGAUUGAUUCCCAUGCACGUAGUAGAACUGGAAUUCCUGAUAGUGAUGGGUUGAGUGUGAUUGUAUAUUACAAUUCAUUGAGCUGUGUUUUGAAGCAUAUUGAGAACUUUGCUGCAUGUGUUGGUGGUAAAAUGAAAGAAUUUGAAAUAAGUGGUCUUCAUGUAAUUCCAGAAAAAAGUAGUAAAGUAUCUGUCAGGCAAUCAGAAAACAAAAAUUAUGUUGUUGGUAAAAAUAAAAAAAUGGGUAAAAAACAGAGUUCUUAUUGCUCUGAAAGUUUGGAAGAUGAGAGAGAAAGUAAAGUUGUAAAGACAAAGAAAGAGCACUUUAUGAAAAGUACUAAUACAAAAACAAUUUCUGACUGUGAUUUGAAUUCUGAUGUAAUUUGUGUACAAAGUAGAAUUGACCAAACGUUUCAGUUUAAUCCACUGUGUCAUGAAGUGAAACAAAAAUUAAGCAGUUUACUACAUGAAAAAUGUCAUGAUAAAAAUGUGGUUUUCCAAGCAGACACUGGACCAUUGGGAUGUCCGUGUAAAACUGUGAGUAUUAUUGGAGACGGAAGUUGUUUCUUUCGUGCUGUGUCUCAAGCUGUGUGCGGUACACAAAAUGCUCAUAAAGCUGUUCGACUUGCAGUAGUGAAAGACAUGGAAUUGCAUAGUACAGAUUACAAGAAUAUGUUGAGAUGUGAAUAUACAUCUAUGGAAGAUUAUUUGUCCACUUCAAGAAUGAAGUACGUAGGAUCAUGGGCUACUGAAGUGGAAAUUCAAGCAACUGCUAAUUAUCUGGGGGUAGAUAUCUAUACAUAUCACAAUGAGAAGUGGUUAAAGUAUAGUUGUGUGAAUGAUAAACUGUGUGAACAAGGCAUUUAUUUGCAGCACUCUAAUGAUCAUUACGAGGUUGUGAUUUGUGAAGCAAGUAAAAAGAAAUAUAAAGAAAACAACCAACAUAACUUUAAAGUCAAUGAAUACAACAGAGUGAAAUAUCAUAAUCAUGAGCAAUAUAGGCGUAAAAUGAAUGUGUACAGUAAGGUAAAGUAUCGUGAGAAUAAACAAUUCAAAUGUAAGGUGAAUGAGUACAAUAAGCUGAAGUAUCGUGAUAACAAGGAAUACAAGCUUAAGGUGAAUGAGUACAAUAAGCUAAAGUAUCGUGAUAACAAGGAAUACAAGCUGAAGGUGAAUGAGUACAAUAAGCUAAAGUAUCGUGAUAACAAGGAAUACAAGCUGAAGGUGAAUGAGUACAAUAAGCUAAAGUAUCGUCAUAACAAGGAAUACCAACUUAAGAUGCAUGAGUACAACCAGCUGAAGUAUCGUGAUAACAAGGCACACAAGCUUAAGGUGAAUGAGUACAAUAAGCUAAAGUAUCGUGAUAACAAGGAAUACAAGCUUAAGAUGCAUGAGUACAACAAGCGUAAGUAUCGUGAUAACAAGGCACACAAGCUUAAAGUGAAUGAGUACAAUAAGCAAAAGUAUCGUGAUAACAAGGCAUACAAGCUUAAGGUGAAUGAGUACAAUAAGUUAAAGUAUCGUACCAAUGAACAAUACAAGCGUAAGAUGAAUGAGUACAAUAGGUUAAAGUAUCGCGAGAGUGUGCAAUAUAGGAGUAGAAUGAAGAAAUACAACAUAAUGAAAUACCACACUAAUGAAAAUCACAGAAAUUUACUAAAACAAUGCAAUAAAUUAAAGUAUCAGAGCAAUGCAUUGCAUAAAGAAAGUGUGCAAAAAAGUAAUGAUAAAAGGAAAAAGCUGCUAAAGGUAAACAAAAAGGAUUCAGAAUUUGUCAAAAAACUAUUUGACGAUAAGGUUAGUUCUGGUCUAGAAUUUGUUUGCUGUGUUUGUCAUCGACUGUUUUUUAAGCAGCAAGUGUUAUGCUGUAAAAGAGAUUCUUAUAAUAAAAAUCCAAAAAUGUUGGUGGUAGCUAACAAGUGUAUAACAGAGCAGUUUUUGCAUAAGUGUGGUGAUGAAUGUCCUGUUCCAUGUGGAUUGAAAACAUCAAGUAAAGGACAGCUAUGGAUAUGUUUUACUUGUCAUUAUAAAAUAAAUAAAAGUCAAAUGCCAGCAGAAAGUGCUGUAAACAAUUUGGUAUUGCAACCCAUACCCGAAGAAUUGCGUUGUCUCAAUAGUCUAGAACAACAUUUGAUUUCAUUACAUAUUCCAUUUAUGAAAAUGUUAGCAUUACCAAAAGGCGGUCAAAAUGGGGUUCAUGGCCCUAUUACUUGUGUCCCAGCUAAUGUUAAAAACACAACAAAUGUUUUGCCUAGAACAGAAGGUGAAGGGUCACUGGUAUGUGUGAAGUUAAAACGCAAGUUGACAUAUAAAGGUCAUUAUAAGUAUCAAUAUGUUGAUACUGCAAAUAUUAAACAAGCAUUGUGUUAUUUAAAACAAUAUAACAAGUAUUAUUCUGAUAUUGAAUUCAAUCAGGAUUGGAUAAAUGAGUUUAGUAAGCAAGAUCAUGUAGAGGAUGACAUUAUUCCAGAGAGUGAAGUAGAAUAUGAAAAUGUUGAAGAGGGGUUACAUGAUAGACAACAACACUGUGUGUUUAUGGACACAUGUUUACAGCCAGUUGAUAUUGGGCAAGAAGUUCUGGACCAAUAUUCGGAUAGUAUUUUGAGUGUCGCCCCAUCUGAAGGAAAUUAUCCAGUUAAAAUGCUUGCAGAUGAAACAAAUGAGGCUAAAUGUUUUCCUGUUUUAUUUCCUAACGGUUCUUCAACUUAUUGUAACAGUCGUGUCCAAAGGUUAACACUGUCGCGAUAUUUUAACAAUAGGAUUAUGCAUGCAGAUGGAAGAUUUGCACAGAAUGUUGAAUAUAUAUUUUAUGCCCAGUAUUUAUCAGAAAUAGAACAAGUAAAGUCUACCGUAUCUAUAGCAUUGAGAAAAGGGAAAGGAUGUAAUAAGUCUAUUCGAAGUGAAAUGUUUAAAGACACAGACUCUUUAAGACAAGUACUAAAUUAUGAUGAAGGAUAUAGGUUUUUGAAGCCAAUCCGUGGCACUCCAUCUUUUUGGCAAGGCGUGCAAAAAGAUUUGUUUGCAAUGGUGAGACAGUUAGGCAUUCCUACUUGGUUUUGUUCAUUUUCAUCUGCUGACAUGAGAUGGACAUCUUUGAUGUCAAGCAUUUUAAAGCAACAAGGAAGACAUGAAACUUUAGAACAACUGGAAUGGGCUGAUAAAUGUGAGCUUUUGCGUCGAAAUCCUGUUACUGCAGCUCGCAUGUUUGAUUUUAGGUGGCAUUGUUUUUUGAGAGAAGUUCUUAUGUCUCCUGUUCAACCUAUAGGUGAAAUUGUAGAUUAUUUUUACAGGGUUGAAUUUCAGCAGCGUGGUUCUCCCCAUGUUCAUUGUUUGUUUUGGAUUAAAAAUGCCCCACAGAUAGAUAAAAAUUCCGAUGAAGAAGUUGUUGAGUUUGUUGACAAAUAUGUCACAUGUGAGGUUUCUAGUGAAAAUGAGGAAUUGCACAAUAUUGUUACAUCAGUACAACUUCACAGUAAACACCAUUCAAAAACAUGUAAAAAGAAAAAUACAGUUUGUCGUUUUAACUUUCCUAAACCACCAACAAGCAGAACUUUUAUUUGUCGAAGAAAAGUUGAAGAUGAGUCUGAUAAAGAAGGAUCUGGUAAAAGUACAUGCGAAAAUAACCAAAUGAAGGCGGAUUAUGCUCAGAAUAUAACAUCAGCAGUUAAAACAGCUGUUUUAGAAGAGAAGUUCAAAUCUGUAGAAAGUUUGUUUGAAAGUGUAGGAAUAAAUCAGGAAUUAUUUGAGAUGGCAUAUAGGUGUGUAAAUAAUACCACACAUAUUGUGUUGAAACGGCAAUUAAAUGAAGUGUGGGUUAAUCAAUAUAAUAAAUUUGCUCUUUUGUGCUGGAAUGCCAAUAUGGAUAUUCAGUAUGUAACUGAUGCUUAUGCAUGUAUUGUUUAUAUAAUUUCCUACAUUUCAAAAUCUGAAAGGGAAAUGGGUUUAUUAUUAGCUAAUGCCCAACGGGAAGCUACAACCCAGGGUAAUGUCGAUGCCAAACAAGCUUUGAAAAAAUUAGGUGGGGUGUUUUUGCAUAACCGCGAGAUUAGCUCACAAGAGGCAGUUUAUAGGUUGACAAAUAUGCAUUUAAAGGAGUGUUCCAGAAAUGUUCAGUUUAUUCCCACAGGUGAUGAUGCGGUUCAUAUGAGUUUACCAUUGAGUGUUAUACAGAACAAGUUGCAGUCACAAACUUUAAAAAGUGAAGAGAUGUGGAUGACAAGUUUGGUCGAUCGUUACAAGAAUAGACCACGUCAGAGUGUUUUUGACGAUAUGUGCUUAGCCACAUUUGCGUCUGAGUAUCGUAUUACAUCUAAAGGUCAGUCUCCCAAGGAAAUUGCAUUAGAUAAUAAUCUUGGUUUUAUUGUUAAAAGAACACGUACUCAGCCUGCAGUUGUUCGUUAUGCACGAUUUUCAGUGACUAAGAAUCCAGAAAAGUUUUACCAAAGUUUACUGCAGUUGUUUUUUCCGUAUCGUGUAGAUACGCAACUAAAACCAGAGGGUUAUACUACUUAUGAACAUUUUUAUAAAGAAGGUGACAUUUGUUUAGGUAAUGGAUUAGUUGAAAUUGUUCAAAAUGUAGUGAAUAAAAACAGAGAAUUGUAUGAAAAGGAUGCAGACGUGUUGGAGACCGCACAAAAUACUGUUAAUACUGAGGGCAUAUUAGAAAGUGCAUGGUGUUCACUUUGUCCUGAGCAGCAAGUUGAUCAUUUAGAAUGUAAACAGGUUAGGCGUGAGAUUGUCCAAGAAGAAGAAGAUGAUAAUGAAAGUAUUCCAGAUUUGACAGAUAAAAACGAGACAGUUGCACAAGUUACACAGUUACACAAAAAAGAAAAUUGUUUGAGUCGUGUUGAUGGGUUAAGCAUAAUUCGCUCCUUAAACAAAACCCAGAUGGCUGUUUUUAAUAAAAUCAGGCAGUGGUGUUUGGGUAAAAUUAGAGGAGAAAACACAAAACCAUUUCAUUUGUUUAUUACUGGUGGUGCAGGAACAGGCAAAAGUCAUUUAAUUAAAGCCAUAAAAUAUGAGUCUUCAAGACUAUUGUCUCAAAUUUCUUUGAAUCCAGACGACAUUUGUGUUGCUUUAACUGCACCAACAGGCAUUGCAGCAUACAAUUUAAAGGCUGCAACAAUUCACAACACAUUUAGCAUUGGCACAAAUGUAAAGUUGCCAUACACACCGCUGGGUGAGGACAAACUAAAUUCAUUGCGAGCAAAAUUCCAUGGUCUUCAAAUACUAAUCAUAGACGAAAUAUCUAUGGUUGAUCAUAAAUUAUUGGCAUAUAUACAUGGAAGAUUACGUCAAAUUAAACAGAGUGGAGAUUUGUCUGCUUUUGGUAAUGUGAGUGUAAUUGCUGUCGGGGACUUUUUUCAAUUGCCUCCUGUAAAAGGAAAACCAUUGUAUGUGGAUGUACCUGAAAUUAGUUUAUGGAGUUGUUUUAGUGUUGUUGAAUUAACACAGGUUGUUAGACAAAAGGACAGUUUAUUUGCUGAAAUGUUAAACAGGUUAAGGCAAAGAAGCAAAACAACAGAACUAAGCAAAGAUGAUUUAACCAUGUUAUCAAGCUGUGACAAGGUUGAGGAAGAUAAUGCAUCUUUGCACAUUUUUGCUACAAAUGAUCAAGUUCAUAUGCACAACUUGAAACAGGUAAUAAAAACAUGCCCGGAAAUUGACACUAUAGAGGCAGAAGAUUAUGCACGGAGUAAAAAAUCAGGCAAAAUAGAAUUAAUGGCUGGUCAUCACGUAAAGGUGCAUAACACAUGUUUACCAGAAAAGUUACUUUUAGGCAUAGAUGCACGUGUUAUGUUAAUAAAAAAUAUAGAUGUUGAAGAUGGAUUAGUUAAUGGUGUUUGUGGUGUAGUUACUCAUAUCGUACGUUCAUCUAAAGAUAAGUUACCUCAAACUGUCUAUGUUCAGUUUGAUGAUAGUCAUGUGGGAUUGAAAAGACAAAAACAAUGUUCAUUUGAUGCAGCAAAAGUGUUACAUUCUACACCUAUAUAUGUUGAAGAGGAAAAUGUUUGUACAAAAGGCGGUUUUCGCCGGCAGUUUCCAUUAAAACUAGCUUGGGCAUGCACAGUACAUAAAGUUCAGGGUUUAACGGUCGAUUCUGCUGUUGUUAGUUUAAAAAAGGUUUUUGCACCUGGUCAAGCUUAUGUAGCUUUAAGUCGGGUAAGAACUUUGUCAGGGUUAAUCAUUAAAGACUUUAGUGAAAAGGCCAUUUUCUGUAAUGAUAAGAUUUGUGAAGCUCUUCAAGAAAUGCCAUCUUUUAUGUCACAUGAUGAAUCAUUGGUGACAGCAUUAGAUAGUUUCUUUUCUGUGUUUAUACUGAAUGUACAGAGUUUGCGUUGCCAUAAAGAGGAUUUAAAUGUGUCUAUUCAACAGUUACAACCAACAUGUAUUGCUGUAACAGAAACAUGGCUGCCAGAACACUAUCUGCCUGAAAGUGUACAUUUAGAAAACUACAACUUUGUUGGUGUUCCUCGUUGUGUUGCAUACACAAGUAAAUGUCCUCCUUUCAAUGAUUUGAAACUACAACAACAUGGUGGAGUUGGAGUUUAUACAACAUGUGGAGUGUCAAAUACCAUUAUAACAAUUCCAAAUCUUAAUUUAGAAUGCAUGUUGACACACUUUCCUGAAAAUGAUAUUUUACUUGGUGUUAUUUAUAGACCACAAACAUACCCCUUGUGUAGUUUUAAAGAAAAUAUGGGCAAGUUAAUUGAUCAGCUGCCUUCAAUUUCAAAUAACAUUGUACUUGUGGGAGACUUUAAUAAUGAUGCAUUAAAGUCUAAUUCUAUGUGCUCUUUUAUGGCAGAUAGGGGUUUUAUUCAACAAGUUAAGGAAGCAACAACAGAAAAAGGAACAUUAAUUGACCAUGUGUACAUAAAGUGUAUGACAAAUUACUCAGUACACACAGAUAUUGUGCCAGUGUACUUCAGCACACAUGAGGGAAUUGUGUGCUCAUUUAAACUUUAA